AUGGCAGGGCAAACACUCUUUGUGAGGUGCCAGUACCCACCCAAGGGCUGGCCCUGUGAGGGGAAGGGCUGGUGUAAGGAGAUUUCUCUGUUCAAGUGCUCCAGGCUAAUCACAAGUUCCAUUCCCCACACACUGGUUCAGGCCUCUGGAUUCUCAAGACGGGACAACUGUGCUGGCUUCUUCACUGUCACCAUGACCAGUCUGCAGGAGGAAAGCUCAGGAUGCUCCUGGUGUAGAACCUACCCCACUUCCAGCAGCUCCAUCUCUAGGUCCAUCUCCAGACCUGGCUCAGGGAGCUGCAGACAGAGGCUGCCACCCCACCUGUCCUUCUCCCUUUUCAUCCCUCCUCUGUCCUGCACCCUCCACUCUGGCCCUGCAGCCCCCCAGGCUCUGGUCCCCAUGCUCUGUGGACCCCUCAUGGCCAAGAGCCUGGUGCUGUCAGCCCUGCUUGUCCAGAAUGCCCACCCAGAGCCACUGUCCCAGGACGCCGCCUGGUCCAAAGUCCUGAGGAAGACAGAUGUGCGCAGGAGAGGCAGUCACAAGCUCUGGGGAGAAGGGGACGUGUGA